AUGGCCAUAUCUCGACGUUUCUCCGGCUUCUUGGCCAUUUCUGCGGCAGCACUCUUCCUGGUGGGCUUCUUCCUCUUCGGCAGUAACAUGAACAGGCAAUUCUCCUACAAGUCUUUGCUGUUCUCAGAAACUAUUGUCAGUGACGAUACCAAUUCUUCGGACACCUCCUUCGCUACCAAUGACGGCGGUGCUGUCAAGUCUCCUCUCAGCGAUGUCUCCCAGAAGCCUCUAAGUAUUGCCAUCGUGGAGACCACAGGAUAUCACGAUGAAGUCGUUGCAGCGUUCGUACACUCCUUUGGCUCCCAGAAAAGAUCGAAUCUGAGCCUCUUUCAACAAAACCAACGCUAUGGCAUUGAGAAGAUCAUGAAGGACUUCAAACUUCCCAAACCGGUCCCAGCAGCCCAACCGCCUGACAUGCUGCUCGCCGACGACGCCACCAAAUUAGACAUCUUGGUCCUCACAACAUGCGAGUAUGAUCGCAUCAAGAUCGCAUCUCAACUCGAGACUUUACUCAAGGAAGGCAAGACACAACUACUCUGCGUCGUCCAUCACGCCGACCAUUGGGCGAAUGAGGACCACCAAAGUUUCAUGGCCCCUUGGAUUGAUAAGGGACUGGUGGAUUUCAUCACGCUUUCCCAGCACACAGCGACAUUCCUCCAGGAGACCGGCAUGAGGACGUGGAAGACCAAACCUCCGAUCAGACCCUUUGCUCCAGUCUUCCCAGUCAACCUCCCCAAACUACCCACAGCCGUCGACGCAGACAAAGGGGAGCUUGGGUUUGGACUCCAAGGCCUAUAUGAAUCCACAAGACGGAAUUACGAAACGAUCUUUGCUCACCUCCAAAAAUUCAUAGACUCGAGAUCAUCGGAAAGAGAUGGAACCAUGAACUCGAACGUCACCCUUCAUCUGCUAGGCCAGGGGAUUCACCCUGAAGUCCCAAGCGGUCUGAUCUCGCACGUCAGCUUCGACGAGUCGCUCGAUUAUGACGAGUACUACUCCAUUCUCUCCCGCACCUUCGCGCUCCUACCCGCCUUCGCCAAUGACCAAUACCUCGAUCGCAAGGCUUCCAGCACCGUACCUGCUGGGCUGAUUGGGGGCACACCCUUGGUUGCGACCAAGGAGAUCGUGGCGGCGUAUAGCUAUCUGCCGGAGGACGCGGUAUACCUACAAGAUAAGGAUGAGACUGAGUUUGAUGUUAUAGGAAGGGUGCUGAAGGACGCCGCAAAGCAUCGGAUUAAAAAGAUGCAAAUGGUCAGGAAUAAGUGUGCAGAGCUCGUCAAGGGCAACUCUGGACUGGUUGAAGGGUGGAUCAAAGAGAUCCUACAGAAAGGGCAUGUUGGACGUUUGCCCGUCCCUGAUGUUGGGCGCCCACGUCAUAAGAAUCGGCGAUCAUCUACAAAUCUAACGUCUGUAUCGCCGAGCGAAGCACUACCACACAAAUAUCAGGUCUGUGACGCUAUGGCGUCCACCAGCGCUCCAGGUUGGCCAUCGAUAGAGGCUCAAGAGUAUGCUGCUGCAGAGAGCAUGUUGCAACACUCCCGUUCCGCCCGAAGCAACUCCCAGACGCUCAGUGGAUUCGCCAUGCCCGAGGUUCAAAACUACGCCCUCGACGCUACACAUGCACAGGCACAAAUGAUGGCUCCAGGAUCCGGUCAAUCGUAUCCACCUCCUUUCGUGCCUCCUUUUCACUCUGCCAGUGCGCAAGAGCAGAACCAUAAUUUCAAUGGAUCUUUUGAGGGAAAGAUACCCUCCUCACACGAACUUCAGGCCCAAUUCGAUCAACAACGAACGGAUUCGUUUUCAGAAUUGUCUCAAGGGCGAGAUUCGAACACGUCUGAAAAAGGUCACCGAGCAAAUUCCCACGCUGCAGGAAGAAAUGGGCACAGUCACAGAAACAGUAGCCUAGACGGAUCCGAGCCCACAAGCCCUGUCAGCACACGAGAGUACACAAAACGUCAGUCGGAUGGGCGUGCAUCCUGGACACACCGCUCGAGCAACGAGAAUGUGGGGCAGCGCGAAGCCAAAGAAGAGACGGACAAGAAACCUCCCUGGAGCGAACUCAAAACCAAAGCGGGCAAAGAGCGCAAAAGACUGCCAUUGGCCUGCAUUGCCUGUCGGCGGAAGAAGAUACGAUGUUCUGGUGAAAAGCCAGCUUGUAAGCACUGUCUGCGGUCACGGAUACCGUGUGUCUACAAAGUUACUACAAGGAAAGCGGCACCGAGAACAGACUACAUGGCAAUGUUGGACAAGCGCCUCAAGAGAAUGGAGGAAAGGGUCAUUAAGAUAAUUCCAAAGGAAGAAUCUGAGGCAGUACCAAGGGCAAUAAUCAAACCUUCUGCUGCUGCUCAAGCAAACAGUGGAAAGAAGAGGAGUGUCGAAGAGGCUUUUGGACCACAGCUGGACGAGUGGACAGAUUCAAAGCCGACUGCACAGCCACCUAAGGGCCAAGGUAAUCAUGAAAGCAAAGUCAACACGGAAGGUGCAGAGCACUUGCCUACACCAGAACUCCAGGACCAUCUAUCACAAGUUUUCUUUGACAAUCUGUACGGGCAAUCAUAUCAUCUUUUACACAAGCCAAGUUAUAUGCGCAGGUUACGUGCUGGCACGUUGCCUCCUGUCCUCAUCCUUGCUGUGUGCGCGGUAUCUGCACGCUUUUCUUCGCAUCCUCAAUUGAACACCGAACCUGCCUUCUUGCGAGGCGAGAGUUGGGCUGGUCCAGCACGCGACAUCGCCUUGCGUCGUUACGAUGAGCCGAAUAUUACCACUCUUACUGUACUGCUGCUACUUGGUCUUCACGAAUUCGGAACAUGCCAAGGUGGAAGAAGCUGGAUGCUUGGCGGCAUGGCCACAAGAAUGGCUUAUGCUCUUCAACUCCACCGAGAACUGGAUCACGAUCCGCUGGGACGGAAGACUGAGAACAAGUCUGAGCUUAGUUUCACUGAUAGGGAAAUAAGGAGGAGGACUAUGUGGGCCUGCUUUCUCAUGGAUCGGUUCACAUCCUCAGGGACUGAGCGACCCAUGUUUGCCGAUGAAGAUAUCAUAAAGGUGCAGCUGCCUGUCAAAGAAUCCAACUUUCAAAUGGAGAUUCCCGGUCCCACCCAAAGUCUGGACGGUCGAGUGCCAAAUCCUGUGAAGAGUGACACUGGUCAACUGUCUGACCCUCAAGGCAACAUGGGAGUAGCCGCGUAUAUGAUCCGCGUAAUAGUCCUAUGGGGUCGCAUCAUCAAAUACUUGAACAUGGGAGGGAAAGAGAGGGAUGAAUACCCUAUCUGGGACACCAAAUCCCAAUAUGCUGAGCUCAGACGACAAGCCAGCGACUUCAAGACAUCAUUGCCUGCGGAACUUCAAAAUACUCGUGAAAACCUGAAGAACCACGCCGCUGAGAAACUAGGGAAUCAGUUCCUCUUUAUGCAUAUAGCUUCACAUCAGGUGGUAUUGUUUCUACACCGCUUUGCCAUACCCACUGCCCCGGGAGGAAGAAAUCCAAAGGAGAUGCCAAUAUCCUUUCUUGCCGAAGCAGCGCCGGCAGCUCUUGACGCGGCUAGCCAGAUAUCGGUUUUGAUCAACGACGCUACAGAACAUCAUGCGGUUGCGCCGUUCCUUGGUUAUUGUGCUUUCAUGUCGAGCACCAUACAUGUAUGGGGUAUCUUCUCCAAAAAACAAUCCAUCGAGGCGUCGUGCAAGCAACAUCUUGCCAGCAACUUCAAAUAUUUGGGCAAGAUGAAGAAGCAUUGGGGAAUGUUCCACUUUAUGACCGAAAACCUUAUGGACAUAUACCGUCAGCAUGCGGAUGCGUCCCAGAAAGGAUCGAGUGAGAUGGCAAGUCAAGAUGAUACUAUCUUUCAGUAUGGAGACUGGUUUCAGAAGUAUCCUCACGGCGUCUCAGAGACAGAUUACCAGGAUCCCGCGGUCCAGAUCAAGAAGGAACCCAACAGCGAUGUCACGUUAAGUCACGGAAAAGACCUCCAAAGCGUGGAAGACUUCUUCCACACCCAGUCGCCACCCUCUCGCUCAACCCAGCCUCGAAAGUCCGGCAAGAAAAGCGCCAAGAUCGCUUCGCAACCAGAGGAUCGUCUACCCCAGCAGCGGCUCCAACAACCAGAUUUCCAUACCAAUGCUACCCAACAAGGCAUGCUUCCCCUCCCCAUGUCGCAGCCACAUAUGGAUCCCUCCGCUUUUGUCGGCCACCCACCUCAGCUCUACCCCCAACCCUGCUCCAACUCCUUCCCUCAAGCCUACGACAUGCUCCCUCUCUCCACUCCCGCCAACACGGCCCUCCUUCCCCAGCUCGACCGCCACCUCGUCUACGGCGCUUAUGCAGGCAACGAUCCCACUGGCUCUUCUUCUGCCUCUGCCCUCAGCGCAAUGACCAGUGGCCUUCAAGAUCCCCAAAGCAACCAGCAAGGCUUGAGCGAUCCGGCCACUUCGAUGUGGGAUAAUCCACUGGAUCUGUCACCGCAGACGCAACAGCAGAUGCUGGGUUCGGGUGGGUAUAUGGGUGAUUUGCAGACGAGUGCGUGGUUUAUGCCAUUCAAUCUGAACCCUCCGGAGAUUGGGGGGGAGGGUAAUGAGUUUGGAAGGCGCCUCGAAGGGUUCGGAGGAGGCGGUAUCUAG